AUGGCGGAUAACGAUAAGAAGCCGAUGUCACGUUUAAUGAAACUCGCUAACAAGUUCAAUUGCUUCUACCUGUCAGGUUUACAUGCAGGAGAAUGCAGAGCUUUUGUCGUAGAUGGACAGCAAAUUGGACUUGUUCGUCCAGAUGUGAUGAAGGAAAUAUUAAAUCAUCCUCGAGUAUUUCAAGUACAUCCUGAAUAUGUGCAAUUAAAUCCAGCCUUUCGGGAUUAUGCUGAAAGAAGUGCACGUGUCGAUGAAGUAUUAAGGGAGUGGAUGGACGGUGGAAAAUUUGUAACGUUACGAGGCUGGAGAGAGGAAUGUUAUGAAGUGCGUGCACAAUUUAAUACACUACCAUUGUUUAAGAUGGAUCGCUCAGCUACAUGUUUAUUUGGAAUUCGGAAAUAUGGAGUGGAUAUAAAUGGCUAUGUAAUGGAUCCUAUCAAGGGCUUGUCAAUAUGGUUACAAAAGCGUAGUCCGGAUAAACAGACAUGGCCAGCGUAUUGGGAUAGUAUGGUGAGCGGUGGAUUGAGUGUUGGUUACGGUAUAAAUGAAACCGCGAUAAAAGAAGCUGGGGAAGAAGCUGGCAUUCCGAAUCAUCUCAUUGCUAAGCUUAAGAGCGCCGGCUGCGUAUCAUUCUUCUUUGAAAGCGAGAGAGGUCUGUUUCCGAACACGGAAUUUGUAUAUGAUCUUGAACUGCCGCCCGACUUUGUACCGAAUAAUAGUGAUGGAGAAGUAGAGACCUUCGAAUUACUCCCCGUUAGUGAAUGCUUAGAGAGGAUACUUUCUCCACAUUUCAAAACCACUUCUGUACCAGUUGCCCUUGACUUCUUAAUUAGACAUGGAUACAUUACAGCAGAGAAUGAGCCUAACUUUAUUCAGAUUGUGGAGUUACUUCAUGUACCUCUGCAGACUAUGUACAAUCAUCGACACAAAGCUAGUAAUAGAAUGGCUAAUGGCGAAGCGAUUGAUGCUUUAGAAAAAGUUUAA